AUGGAUCAUCCACCUCGCACGAGACCCUUCAACUUUGAGAACUCGGAGGACAAUGCACCCGUCGGACCAAAAAGCUAUCAACAUGCGCAACUCGACAGCGGUAAUCUGAUACCAUACUCCGGUACAACGAGCCCCAACUCAGAACAAAACGCUGCAUACCAGGACAAAUCACAGACGUCACAAGAUGUCAUUCAAGAGACGCCCAGGAGCUUGCCACUUGCUCCCGAGGAGAUGGGGCUGAUCGAAAGACCAAAGAUGAGAAAGACUUUCGAACUUGACCAAGAAUUCGAGUUCGGUCCUCCGCUCCAGAUCAACCCAGGACAAUUCACGAAGCAGUUAAAGAAUCCUAUACCACUCUAUCAGAGUACUCAAUCACCAGCUGUGACUUCCCAGCCAUCUAGCAAAGACAGCAAACCUCGACAACUCCCAUUUCCUCUACAAGAACCAGGGCCAGGGAGGCCAAUCGAGGAGAGGACUAGCAACAAUGUUGUCUCUGCACGCGACCGGCUCCCUCCUGAGACAACAGACCAUCCGAGCUCCGUCAUUUUCCAUGAACACGAAGCGCAAGACACUGAACAACAUCCGAAACGGACGGUUGACACUCGUCCUCCACCAAGGGGACCUCCUUCUGUAGAUGCGUCCCCACCGUCCGCCCAAAGACCUUCAAAGGUCGCAUUGCCCCUAUCAGGGCCACACAUCAGUGUAGCGCGUGUGAAGACUAGUCGGCAUUUUACGUCAGACCAGGAACCGGGUGACUCCCGCUCACAAACCAACCAUCGAGCCUCUGCCGUCAAUGCCUCAAGACCCUUACAACAACACAGAAAUCAUGCCGCAACUGUUAACGCAGUAGAUAUCAGCAGUGAUCGUCAUCAGUUUUCGGCAUUCAAUGAGACAGGGAUUGCCCUUGAUGGGGAGUAUCAUUCUGAGAAAAGGGACGGCCAGUCAAAAGAUCAGUCUUCACCCUCGAGCACUACCAUGAGACACAAUGUCAGACUGUCACAUACUGACACGUCUCACCACCAAGACAUUCACAUGAGCGACUAUAGUCAUUCCGGUUACCCUGAGACCGAGGACGUUGUCAACGUGGAGUCUAGAGGGGCACAUGUCAGAUCUAUCGACUACCCUGCCAGUCGGCAGCCCAAAAGCACUAGCUCACACUUUGAGUCUCUCCAUCAGGAAGAACCGUCCAACAAAAGCCGCCAAAAGUCCCACACAUCACAUGAUGUCUUGAACGCGAACACCGUUGGCUCAGGCAAACCAUCCAAACAAGGAGCUGGAAAGGCGCACUCUUCUUCGAAGCCUCAAGCUUUUUCUCCAAUCCGUCGCCGGGCAGCUGCAUCGGCCGCUCGCUUGCACAACCAGCACACGUCGAGGGAUCCUAAAACUGCAUACGAACAGAAUUCUCGGCCACAUUUGGAAGGCUCAAAUGUGUCCAGGAGAAGGGCAGCCGUCUCCACAACUGCGAGGUCGGAUAUAAUUGAUAUCACGAGUACACCCGGCAGCGAGAUAAUAAGAUCGAGCCCGGCCAACAACAACAUGAGCGUCAAGAUCAGCCAAGAAUUUACAAAAGAUCUGGCUGGGGUUCUCAACCGAUUCACUACUCAGCACAACUCCACCAGGCAGGAACUGAGGGAGAGGUAUCACAAGUACAUCAAGCAGCUCAAGAAAGUAAUCAAGAAGCGUGAACAUGAGGCCGAGGAAUACAUUGCUCGGGUUGAGGGGCAAGCCAGCGAUAUCCAAAAUCUUGAGCACUCCAAUGGUGAAAAGACCCAGAAAAUUGAAGAGCUCGAACAUUCCAAAGGGGAAAUGGCCAAGAAGAUCACAGAGAUGGAGGCAGUGCUUGAAGCUACCGCAAAGCGAGGCUCAAAGGCAGAAGGGAAAUAUCGCAAAGUCAAAGACCACUUGAAUGCAGCGAUUGAGGAACAACAAAAGCUAUACCUCAUGUCUAAGUCGCAGUGGGAGAAGGCUAUCAGGGAGGUUCGGGAGACCGAACGCAGUCAUGGUUCUGCCUUGGAAGAGAUGCUACAGAAAACAGAGAUAAUAAGGCAACAAAUGCUUGAAAAAGUUCGCCAGACAGUAGGUCAAUGUAGACAGGACACCUCGAAAUUGUACGGCCAGAUCGACGCCCUUACACGCCAGAUAGAGCAAAAAGACGCCGAACUGAGCCACGAAAAGAAAGCUGUGAAAAUGCUUUCACAGCAGCUUGAAACCCUUAAGAUCACCAAUGAAGGCUUCGAAGCGCUCCGGUCUCGGCAAAAUGACAUUAUGGGCAAGAUGGACGAACAAAACGCACAGGCAAUCCAGAGACAAGUAAAAGCCGACGACGCAAUCGGGACCCGACUGGGUCAGAUUGCCGAACAAGUUGGGUCUGUUUCCAAAACGGUGUCAGAGCAGCCUCAAGUGCUGUCAACUCUACAGAGCCAGCAACAAGGGAUAUUGGAGCUGCUUUCUGGUUGCAUUGCCGAGAAGGAAGAGGCGCUCAAAAAUUGCCAGCAGGAGUUCAAAGACAUGAAGAAACGCUUCGAGGACCAACAAAUUCACUUCAGUCAACUUCAAGCGCAUGCUGUGGAGUUGGAAGUCGCUCAUGAGGACAACCAACCGCUCAAUCAACAACUCCAACGCGCCCAAGCAGAAAUCGAGCGGUUGGAAGCAGAGGUUAGCUCUCGAACAGCAGCGAUUUCGCAACUCGAGAAAACAAUCCGAUCAAAGGAAGAAGUAUACGUCUUUGAGGUCAAGCAGUUUGGCUCACAAGUCCAACAACUCAAUCAACUGAUCAUGGACAAAGAAGCGACCAUCCAGUCAGCAAGCGCCAAAGCUACGGAGCUUGUCCGUCGGGAACUCCUUGUAGAAAGGGACAGGGAGACUGCUGAACUAAAUAAGACGAUCUCCCAGUUGCGCAGCGACAGGAACACCUUGGACGACCUAGUGACGCAACUUCGACAAGAGAGAGCCAGCGAGGAAGAAGCCAAAAGGCAGAAUGCUCGUACAAUCGAGCUUUUGAAGGCUAAUCUGGCUAUUUCUGAGAACCAGUGCUCAUCUCUUGCUAAAGAAUUGAAGACAAGAUCGGACGAUCUCGCCGAGUCUCGUCAUCAGAGAUCUACUCGAAUCAGCGGUUUGGAGGCAGAUCUCGCUGUUUGGCAGAAGAAGGCAGCCGAGCUUGAAGCAAACUACACCGGGCUGCAAGAGACUGAAAGACGGCAUACCAAUGAGAUCGAGUCUUUGAAAGUUACGCUUGCUGCUGCGGAAAGUAAAUGCUCAUCACUUUCUGAGGAGUUGGAGGCGAAGUCACUCGAACUCGAACAAUUCCAGCAACGGGGCUCUUCUCGUAUCAUCGACCUGGAGAAAGAGCUUGCCAGUUGGCAGAAGACAGCAGCCGAACUUCAAGCAACAUAUUCGGAAGUACAGCAGAUCGAGAAAACACGCGAGGAAAAGAUGCAGGAGUGCUUUGCUACCAUGGAGCAACUGGCAGUAAAGGAAGGAUUUGUUGCUUCAGAUGCUGGAAGCUCAAAACUGUUCGAUAGCGCUACAACGUUGGAUGAGGUAUGGUCAAAGAUUCCCAAGGCUGUAGAGCAAAUGAUGAAGAUGGCAUCAACGAAAUAUCAGGCCAUUCUCGACAAGCAGCACCAACAGCUCCAAGCACUAGGUGGAGUUGCCGAUCAAAAAGGAGCGCCAGCAAGUGAACUGCAGGCAUUAUUUGUCAAUGCAUGGAACAAGAUCGGAAUAAACCCACUGCAAGAAAGCAAAUGUGGCGAUCCAGAUGGAGUCAGUGGCACGACAACAACUCCAUCAAACACGGAGGAGACAUCAUCCCCGUUCCUACAACAUCGUGUGGUCAUGGGCCUUCAGGAUCAAGACCGGAGGGUUGCUGUGCGACGGCCAACAUCUACGGAAGGUAUACGCAAAGUCCGUUUGCCUCCACCGCCCUCUGUUGCCCAGGAAAAGUCAAGGAGGAGAGAAGCUGCACCUCCUAAAUCGAUCAUGAAGAGAAUGACGCGUAGUGCAUCUCGGGAACAAUUGAUAGACAAUUCUUCGGGGAGUGGUGCGUUUGGGAGAAUCGGACCACUUGAAACCUUCACAGCAACUCCCCCUGAAAAUGCCUCUGCUUCAGGAAGACCUAACAAGCGAAAACAACCUGAUGAUAUCGUGGAUUCUCCUGUAGUUCUUCGGCGCGGGAGAUACUCGAAAGGGGCCGGGGGAAAGGGUACGACCAAAGACAUAACUUCUACCGCAGCUUCAGCACCGCUUCCUAACGGCUCAGAUGAACGUGGAAGUCGCGGAAUAGUACGACCACAACGGAUUUAUCGAAGCCGUCACGCCGUGGAUAAGUUAAGCGAAGGCUCCAAGCUAUCUGAAAACGGAUUGAUUUCCAUCAACUUCAAGCCUUCAUUUGGCCUCGUACCCGAGGUCAUGAACGGUGCCAACAGGUUUUUGCCACCCAGAUCAGCACCGACUCGAACUUAUGGUAGUAGAAGGUCCGUUGAUCCUACGGAAGACAGCAGCACGGUCAGUCAAACGAACGGCGAGUCCCAAUCACGGUCUCAGUCCCAGCCACUUUCGCGAUACGGGGGCGCCAAUGAUGAGACCCAAGACUCCAUGACCCUCUCGCAGAAUGCAAACAAAGAAGACGGAGAUGACUUGCUUCUGCCUCCGCCUGGGAAUAAGUUAUGA